AUGCUGCACCCACAAUGUACUGCUGAUUCCAACUUUAGAUGGCCACAAUUCCUGGAGAAACUAAAGGAAAGAUUCUAUCCUGCCGUACUGAGGUGGCGUAAACAGGAAGAAUUUAUGAAUCUGUCCCAGGGGAGCAUGACCAUUCAGGAUUAUACUGAUAAAUUUACUGAGCUAUCUAGAUUCGCCCCUCAUGCAUGCCCAACCGAAGCUCAGAAGGUUCUACGGUACAUCAACCGUAUGGACCCAAGAGUGCAGAUUCCGGUGAUGAAUUCGAAGCUUGCAACGUUCCAGGAGGCGUAUGAUAUAGCCCUGAGUAUCCAUACUACUAUCCUAGAGAAUGAAGCCAGAAUGAGGAAUGCUAGACCAUCACCACAACAACAAUUCCUGAGAAGGAUCAACAUUGAGAAGGGUGGAAGUUCUAGAAUUCCGCCAAGGCCGGUGAUUCAUAAGAAACCCAUAUUUCGACAGGAACCCGCACUUCGCAACAGUGUUGACCCCAGAAAAUGCAACCGUUGUAGUAAAAACUCGCGUCCAGGAGUCACCUGUGAGGGAAAACCGAUAGUCUGUUACAGAUGCCAAGAGCCAGGGCAUAAAUCAUAUGAAUGCCCGAAGAGAGCCGGAGUAACCGAAUCUGUAGCUGCUAGAUUUGCCUUGCCUGCAACAAAAAAGAGCCGAGUGUAUUGCAUGACACAAGAAGAAGCAGAUGCUAAUCCUGAUGUGGUUACGGGUAACAUUCUUGUGCUCAGUGAACCAGCUGUUGUGCUAUUUGAUUCUGGUGCUACCAUGUCUUUUAUCUCCAGUUCUUUUGUUAAUAAAGUAGGUUUGCUACCUACUUCUCCUGUUAAUAUCAUUAUUACCUUACCUACGGGAGAGGAAGUUAUGAGUGGUAGAGAAUAUAAAAAUGUGCCCAUAAAAAUAGCUGAGUCUAUAUUUCUUACCGAUCUUAAAUAUUUCCCCAUGACCGAGUUUGAUGUCAUACUAGGGAUGGAUUGGUUGUAUAGAAAUUAA